AUGGCUCAAACGGCCACACUUGUCACGUCGGAUCAAGACCCUAACCUCCCACGUUACUAUAAUGAUCUUGGAUUAAUACUAUGGGAUCUGUAUCAUCACAAUGGGUGUGAUGAUGCUCUUGAGCAGGCCAUCGUCUCAGCUCGAAAAGCAGUAGAAACGUCCCCUAAGACCGACCUCGAUAGACUGCGAUAUCUCGAUACUCUAUCGUAUAUUCUAUACGAUGACGGUAGCGGGAGAGGGUCAUUUGAGGCCGCCAAAGAAGUCGUGCAAGAUUGUCCGGAGAGUCUUGAACACAGGCACGAAUACGUCGAUCAUUUCGGUCGCGUUCUAUAUGAUUUAACCGUCUAUACUAAAUCCAUUGAUGAAUUGGAGCAGGAUUUGGAUACGGUACGACAAUCUGUCUAUAGCAUACCAGCCGACGCAUCCUACAAAGCUCAAUGCCUCUCUACACUUUCUCAAUUGCUGAAUGAACAGUAUAACGUCCGACGAGGGCACAUGGACCCCGCUGAAGCCGUGCAACUCGCCAGAGAUGCACUGGCCGCAGAGCCAGAAGAUGGCCUGGAUAGGGAAACAUAUCUACACCGCCUCGGCUGUUUGCUAAUGGACACUUUCCACUUCACACGAUAUAGAAGCGACAUUGAAGAGUCGGUCAAGCUCCUCCGACAGGCGACAGCCGAGAUUUACGAUGAUGAUGAUGCUGAAUGGCUUUCUCGGUCAUUUGACUUGACAUAUGCUCUUGAGUAUCGCUCGGCUAUUACAGGGUCGCUUGAAGACCUCAGCGAAUCAAUUACCAUCGCUCAAAAGGUCCUUAAGAUGUUACCUGACGAUCAUGAGACACGAUGGGGACGAUCGCUGCGUCUCGCAAGUCGACUGAAGGAACGGUAUAUACGGACCAAGGCGCCCUCGGAUUUCGACGAAGCGAUACGGAUCAUUGAAAAUAGCCUCGCUUCAGCCCCAGAAGAUAAUCCGGAUAGGGGAAGGGCGUUUCACAUCCUUGGCAAUGCCAUGGGUGAGCGAUUUUCUAUGAUAGGAUCAAUAAAUGAUCUAGACGAGUCUAUCAAGCUUGCUCAAAAAGCAGUCCAAGUCACGCCAGAGACAUAUUAUGAAUUACCACUAUUUCUUACGAGCCUAGGUUCCGGACUAUCUGAUAGAUGUGACCGAAUGGGAAGGUUGGGAGACCUUGAAGAAGCAAUUCGAAUAUGGGAGAGAGCAUUGGACCAAACACCAGAGACGGCCCUGUCGUGGAUAGGACUUAUUUACAAUCUGGCAGCAUCAUACAGAAACAGAUUCGAGAGACUUGAGAGAGCUUCCGAUUUAGAAAAGUCUAUUGAAUUUGGUCAGAUGACAGUCAACAAAUGCGGAAGAGGGAAUGCAAAUCGACACAUGUACAUUGCCAGUCUGGCUUUAUCACUGAAGCAUCGUUUUCAUCAUUACAGGUCCAUCAAAGACAUCGAUACUGCUAUAGAUCUGGAGAAGGAAACACUGGAAAUAACACCGACCGAUCAUGUCGACUACUCAUUACACCUAAACGCAUUGGCGAGAAGCAUGUCGGCAAGGUGGGGGGAGACGAAGGAUGAGCAAGAUCUGGAGGACGCCAUUGGUUUCGAAAGAAGAGCGCUUGAAUCAAUGGGCACUGGGCAUCGUCGGCGAGCUGAAUCUCUUUUUAAUAUGGGCUUAUAUCUUCUAAAACGGGAAGGUGUCACCGGAAGCGAAGACGACACGCGGGAAGCAACACAACUAUUCGAAGAAGCAGUAAAGCAGACUCAGUCAUCAGUCAAAAGUCGUAUAGAAGCUGCUAGACGACUUACGUACAUCUACAUGAGCCAGGGGAAGUGGCAGCUGGCGUAUGACUCUGCAGUGGCGGCUAUUGACAUGAUACCUCAGUUGAUACUUCGAUCUUUGGGAAACAAUGAUAAGCAGGAGCUUUUGAAAAAGCUUGGAGGUACUUCUUCAGAUGCCGCUGCUCUAGCUCUGAAUCUUGGUAAAGGGCCCAUGGUAGCCCUCGAUAUGCUGGAAAGAGGUCGUGGACUACUCGCGGCGUCUAUUGACGAUUUGCAUACUGAUGUCGAUGCAUUAAGAAAAGAGUUUCCUGAUAUGGCAGAAAGAUUCGUCUCACUACGGAAUCAACUAGGACGAGAUGACAUGCCCCAACAAGAAAGCGACUCUAGGUGGAACAAGGCCUCGAACAAGCGGCACGAGGCUGGAGACAAGUUUGACAAACUCAUUGCUGAGAUCUGUCAACAACCUGGAUUUGAAAACUUUCUACUACCUCCGACUGAGCCCAGUAUUAAGCAAGCCGCUGAAAGUGGCCCGAUAAUUGUGGUCAACACGAGUAUGCUCCGGUGCGACGCCAUUAUAAUAGAGACGCACCAAAUCCGGGUGGUGCCGUUGCUAGGCUUCAGUCGUCACGAGAUGACAAAACACAGCAGAGAGGGCACAAUUCGAAGCUCCCUUGCUCUUGAAUGGCUAUGGGAUUGUAUUGCGAGACCUGCGCUUGAUGCCCUGGGAUUCAUCAAAACUCCAGACAGCGAAUGGCCUCAUGUUUGGUGGGUUAUGACAGGACUUUUGUCAAAGUUUCCCAUCCAUGCAGCAGGGGAGCACGCACAUGGUAGCUCAAACACGGUAUUGGACAGAGUUAUCUCGUCAUAUCAGACCUUGGUGCAGUCGAUUAUUCGUGGUCGUAAACGUCCUUUUGAGGCAAGACCACUACAACAAGCACUGCUCGUUGGUAUGGAGGCAACGUCUGGCAGUUCCUUUUUACCCAACGCAGGAAAGGAAGUAGCCGCUGUCCGACAGGUUUGCGAGUCAAUGUCGAUCCAAACUGUCCAGCCAGAACCAGUCAAAGCAGCAAUCACUUCGCAACUUCUUCAGUCAGAAAUAUUUCACUACGCUGGCCAUGCUUACACUGAUGACCAUGAUCCAGCAGAGAGUUACUUAUGCCUGGAGGCAAAUAAAGCUGACUGUCUUACUGUUUCAAAUCUGCUUGAUAUCAAUCUACAAAGGCAAUCGCCUUUUCUCACUUACCUCUCCGCAUGCGGGACAGGAGAAAUUCAGAAUGAAGAUUUAACAGAUGAAGGUAUCCAUCUGAUAACUGCUUUUCAACUAUUGGGAUUUAGACAUGUGAUAGGCACCCUUUGGGCUGUUAUGGAUUCGUUGUGUGUGCACUUUGCGAGACUUGUUUAUGAGCAUUUGAGGGAUCAUGGGACGACGGAUAGAGCUGUGGCUGAAGGGCUACACCAUGCGGCGAGAAAGCUGCGAGAUAAAUGGUUGGAUAGGAAGGAUAAUGAAAGGAGUUUGUCAAAGCGGGUAAAGAUGGCGAUUAAUGAGAGUACCCAGAGUCAAGGUGAUCAGGGUGUUGCAGGCAGUGAUGUCAGUGGAUCCGUUACUGCCAGCAGGCUAUUGUACUGA